AUGGAUAAGCAUAAUUGUUAUGUAUUUAUAAGAAGGAAAAUAAAAUUCUUCAUACAAAUAUUAUUGUCAUUAUCACCUAAUACAUAUGAUAAUAUUUAUAUAACACAAAAUAGAAUCCUUACAGAAUCAUACAGUAAUAAUAAUAAAUCAUUAAAAACGUCGCAUAUAAACAAAAACACAAAAAGAAAUGAAAUAAAAUAUGAUAAAGACAUAAAUAAUUUAAACACACAUUUUCAAUCACAUAAUAAUAUAUCAACCGAAAAUGAUAACGUAGAAUCUUUACUUGGAGAAAACCAUGAGGAAAUGAAAGAAAUAAAUAAAAGAAAUGAAAAAACGUUUUUUAAAAGUGACUUAUAUUUAAUAGAUUGUCUUGAUAAUAUAUAUAUUGAUAAAUUAAUAGAUCAAAAUGUUCAUAAUAAAUUCUCACCUAUAGCAGAACAUGUAAUGGAAAAUUCAGUAUUCCUGUCUCAUACUUGUAGUAUAUUUACAGUAAUACCAAUACUUACAUAUAUUAUUAAACGCUUUGAUUUUUUAGAACGAUAA